AUGAAAAAUAUCAAAAUAACUAGGGUUGCGAAACUCGUCAACCCUAGAUGGAGCAAAUUCCCGAUCUCCCUCACGAUUGAAGCAUCCCUGGUGGCGAGCUUUUUUCAAUCGAGCUCCUCAAUACGCGUGAGCUGCAAUUGUCGAUUCCAAGCUAGGUCCCGUGGCGCCGCCAGUGCUCUCGCCGUGGAGAUUCCAACCUGGGAGCCUCUGGAGACGGCCGCCUGCUGCUGGCCGAUCUUUGUCCAGCCAUCAAACCCUAGGGGAGCGGUGGCGAUGUGGUGGCUGUGGUGGUGGAGCAAGACUGGAUCUUAA